AUGGCAAACUCAAACUCAGUGAAAGUGGUCGAGGUUUGUAGGGUGGCUCCGCUUCCAAGCUCACCGGACUCAAUCACAUCAGAUCAGUCUCUUCUAACCUUAUUUGAUCUGCUCUGGUUAAGGUUUUCACCUGUUGAACCCGUUUACUUCUAUGAAAUACCUCCCACCUCUAACCCCAAUAUCUUCUAUGAUUCCAUACUUCCCAAACUCAAAGCCUCCCUAUCUCUUACCCUCCAACCUUUUCUUCCUCUGGCCGGAAACCUAACUUGGCCCCAACACUCCCCCAAACCCGUUCUCAGCUUCGUCCAAGGCGACUCCGUUUCACUCACAAUAGCCGAAUCCAAUGCCGAUAAUUUCCCCUACCUUUCGGGCAAUGACUUUGUUGAAGCCAAGGAGUACCAUCCUCUUAUUCCCCCAUUGGAAGUUUCUGAUGAACGAGCCGCUGUAAUGGCAAUACAAAUCACUCUCUUCCCUAACCGAGGCUUUUCCAUCGGAACAACCUUGCACCACGCCGUCCUGGACGGCAAAAACUCAUGCUCGUUUUUCAAAGCAUGGGCUCACAUAUGUAAACAUGACACCGGAAUAACCUCAUCAUCUUCUUCUAUUUCGCUACCGGAUAACCUCAAACCAUUUCACGACCGAAAUGCCAUCCACGACCCGAAGGGUCUAGGAGAACUCUACUCUAAUGAGUACCUCAACCAAGAAGGACCCAACAACAGGAGUGUGACGCAUCGGCACCCACCUAGAGUUCUUCCCGAAGAUCUAGUUCGAGGGACCUUCGAUUUCACUCGAGAAAAUAUUCACACACUUAGAGAGCGUGUUGUGAAGACAACAAGAGCUUCUGAUAAUCCAUCAUCACUUCAUUUGUCCACUUUUUCUCUAGGAUGUGCUUACACAUGGAUUUGCUUAGUCAAGGCCGAAGAAAUAAAGGGAGAGAAUUCGAAGACGGCUAUGAUCUUCGGCGUCGACGUAAGGUCUCGCUUGGACCCUCCCGUACCGGAAACCUACUUCGGAAACUGCAUAGCAGGCCGUGUAGCAGUGGCGGAAACGAAAGGCCUAAUCGGUGAAGAUGGGUUGGCAGUGGCCGUAAAGGCAAUCACUGAGGCUUUGAGGAGUUUGGAUGAUGGGGUACUCAAUGGGGCUGAGCUUUGGGUUUCAAAAUUCCUAGACUUUUCUCUGUAUGAUAAGAUAUAUUCGAUUGCGGGUUCACAGCGGUUUGAGAUUUACGGUACUGAUUUUGGUUGGGGAAGGCCGAAGAAGUUCGAGCUCGUUUCGAUUGAUAAGACUGAUGCAGUGUCUCUUAUGGAUAGCAAGCAUGGUGGUGGAGCUGUUGAGGUUGGGUUGGCUUUGAAGAAACCACAAAUGGAGGUUUUCGCUUCUCUAUUUGCCAGAGGUCUUUAA